CCGGCCCCCGCCCCGCCGCCGAGCAGCGCCCGCGGCCGCGGGGCCAUGGAGCUCAUCGAGCUGCGGGAGCUGCAGCCGGAGCCGCGGCCGGGCCGGGGCCGCCUGGAGCGGGCCAACGCGCUGCGCAUCAGCCCGGCCCGCCGGCCCGGCCCCGGCGCGCAUCCCGACCCGCGGCUCACGGCGGCGCCGGGCGCCGGGCACCGCUUCGAGCCGCGGCGCCGCGGGCUGCACACCUGGUGCGAUCUCUGCGGGGACUUCGUCUGGGGCGGCGGCAGGAAGAGCCUCCAGUGCCGCCACUGCAGCUUCACCUGCCACUACCGGUGCCGGGCGCUGGUGCAGCUGGACUGCGGUGGCCCCCCGGGUGCUGGUGACGAGGACGAUGGCGACGAGCAGGUGUUGGAGAAGGACACCAACGUGGAUGAGCCCAGCGAGUGGGAGAAGACAGAGCUGGACCAGGCGCAGGUGGAGCAGCGCAUCAAGGAGUACAACAGCCAAAUCAACAGCAACCUCUUCAUGAGCCUGAACAAAGACGGCUCCUACACCGGCUUCAUCAAGGUGCAGCUGAAGCUGGUUCGCCCUGUCUCGGUGCCGGCCACCAAGCGGGGCCCCUCCCUGCAGGCGGGGCGGCCACAGCCCCAGGGCGUGAAGCGCCGCACCUCCUUCUACCUGCCCAAGGGGACCGUCAAGCACCUGCACAUCCUCUCGCACACCCGCGCCAGCGAGGUCAUCGACGCGCUCCUCCGCAAGUUCACCGUCAUCGACAACCCCCGCAAGUUCGCCCUCUUCGAGAGGUCUGAGAAGGAUGAGCAAGUGUACCUGCGGAAGCUGGGUGACGACGAGCAGCCCCUGCGGCUGCGGCUGCUGGCCGGCCCCAGCGAGAAGGUGCUGAGCUUCAUCCUGAAGGAGAACGAGACCGGCGAGGUGAACUGGGACGCCUUCUCGCUGCCGGAGCUGCACAACUUCCUGCUGAUCCUGCAGCGGGAGGAGGAGGAGCACGUGCGGCGGCUGCGGCACCGCUACGCGCGCUGCCGCCAGAAGAUGCAGGAGGCGCUGGCCGCGCUGACGCCGGGCUGAGCGCGGGGCUCCCGCCCGGGCCAGCAGCGCGCCAGGACCCUCGCCGCCGCCGAGGGGACAGCGGGGAGGGGGGUGGAACGGGGCACCACGGAGCCACCGGGCUGUCACAGCCCCCACGGGGCCGGCCCGGAGAGUGAGCGUUCCUGGUGGGAGCGAGAGCGAGUGUCACCCGGGAGUGGGUGUCCCCAGGGAGAGUGUGUCCUGGGGGGAACGAGUGUACCCUGGGGGAUUGGGUGUCCCCAGGGGAAUGGGUGUCCCUAAGAGAGCGUGUGUCGCCUGCGGGAUUGCGUGUCCUCAGAGGAGUGGGUGUCCCGGAGGGAGCGUGUGUCUUGCGGGAAGCAAGUGUCACCUGGGGGAUUGGGUGUCCCCAGGGGAGUGGGUGGUAUGGGGGGAGCGAGUGUCCCCGCAGAAGUGAGUGUCCCUGCGAAGAAGCAGGGCAUUGAGCACCAAUAAAGGCAUCUUGGUGACGAG